GUGAGGGUUUCCCGCUAUUGGGAGAUGAGUGGACUUUGUCUCGGUUCCUCUUGCAAGACUAAGAAUAAUCUGCGUCACGUAACUUUUUGGGGGAUGAACGGUUAAAAUUACUCGUGACGUGUUACGUGAUUUUUAGAUCACCUAUUGGGUGGCACACCUGAAGAGUCGGUGUGUGCGGUUUGAGUGCAGAACAGGGGACCGAGUCCAGUCAAGCGGAGGAAAUGGUUUCAUGUUUAUAAUUUGACAUAUCUUCGGGUGUUGUCUAAAUAAAAAGGAAGUAGCCUUGCGCUCUGCAGAAGAAUUCAGACAUGCUUGGGCGCAGCUCGGAUGAAGCUGUGUCUGAACCAGCUGUCAGCAAUACCGACGCCCACGGCGGCAGGGGGUCUAAAAAGGGCACCGUUGUGGAGCGAGUGUCCAGAUACGGCAUGCAGGUCAUGCCCAUGCCAGUGCCCGGGGGUUUCCAGCGUAGGACGAGGCUGCAGAGGCAGCAAGAAGUCUGUGACAGCGCCGCUCCGGAGAGGGAGUCGAUCACACCCGCUAUGCGUAAAAAGUACCUGAAGGAGCUGCUUCUGGGGAACUCGUCCAACAGCGGGUUUAGCAGCGUGCUGUCCUCGCAGAAUUACAGCCGCUCCGGCGAGGAGGACACGGAUUGGGCUUUGUAUCCGAUGGAGCACGCGUGGAUGCUCUCAGCGGUGGAGGGCAGCUAUGAAAUCAUCAUGGAUUUUAUCUCAGAGGACCCCCAGCUAUUAACCAGGAAGGAUUUCAUCAGCGGCUACUCGGUCCUGCAUUGGCUGGCCAAGAGGGGACAGGACGAGACUCUGAUCAAACUUUUGCGCUACGCACAAAGCGAGGGCAUCCCCGUGAACGUGAACCUGAAGGGCAGCGGUGGGCUCACGCCUCUGCACCUCGCCAGCAUGCACAGUCAGUACAUGGUCAUCAAGCUGCUGGUCGGAGCUUUCAAUGCCAACGUGGACGCAAUGGACUACAACGGAAAGAGGCCCUGGCAGUAUCUGAGGGAAAACGCCCCGCCGGAGAUGAAGGAGCUGCUGGGGGCCUGGGAUGAAGAGCACAGCUGGGGAUGCACGCAAAACGUCAACAAGAACGGCAACAACAACUGCGCUGGCGCAGUGAACUUGACCGCAUGUGAAGAGGACGAUGCUAUGGAGGCAGAGGAAGUGAAGCACUUUGACCGGACUAAGAGGAGAAGCGGCUGGAGGCUUGGGUCUCUAAAAAAGCUGCUGCCCUCCUUUCCUCCUUUGCUUGGAAGCAAAACAUGAGUGGGGGAUGACACAUACUUUCCAAUAUGUGCAUCAUCACUCCACUAUUUUUAUGUUAGUUUCAGAAGGGGGGGUCGUGAAGACAGUGAAAGGCUAGUUUGUAGGCAAUGAUGACUAUUCAAGCGGUAAAGAUCAAGCUAAAUGUUAAGGCAGCAAGAAUGUGCAGUUUUUCAAGUAUGCUUUCCAGAAACAAAAUACCCAUUUAUAUUGGUGGAUGUGCUUCACUCAUCCAAGACCAGCAGUGUUUACAUGAUGACUGAUUUCUAAACAAAUUUCAGUAAAAUAGCCAAACUUUAAAGUGUUACUUUGUCUUUCAUAAGCUGCUUUUAAUGGACUUUUUCUGCUUCCUGCCCAGACUCAUUUGCGCUACUUAUGUCAACUCCAAUAUUAGUAAUUGGCUGUGUAGGAGCUUUCCCUGCAGUGUAGGAGCUCUGAAAUCAUUUUUUCUAGUUAAUCCUGCUGCUUAUUGAGGCUUCCUUUAAUACCUCUGGUAUUUAUUCCAAAGACUACAAAGUCAGAAGUCAAAUUCACACUAAACAGCAAGUGAACAGUUUUCCAUGAAACUGUGAUGCAGAAGUGUUAGCUGUGUGGUCAAACACAAACCCCCUUUCAGUCCAAGUGCUUCUUUUUGCAGAGCUGUGUCAGCAUGGCAGCUUCUACAUAUUUGAUUUUCCUGAGAAAAGUAAACACUUUGCGGGAGAGAAAAAGACGCCACUCAAGCAUUUCACGUUUGAUCGAUGAUCUUUUAUUGUCAAACAUGAGUAUAACCAGAGUAUCUGUACAAAAUGAUUCCUGCUCCAGAUAACAUGGCUUGUCCCCUGCAGUCAGUCCAUCAGCUGGAGUUCCUGGCGCAUGUUGUGAUGCUGGGAUCCACAGAGCCUCAUGUUUACAGGCCAAGCUUGGUCCUCCUCCAGUGUCU